UGGUGGCGGGAGGGCUAGCUUGCAGCCCGCGCGCGGCGGGCGAUGCUGGGGGGUAUCUUGGGGGCCCGAGAGCGCGAGGCGGAGGGCGACGCGGCAGGGGCUGUGCCUGCGCCGCCUGCCAUCGACUUCCCGGCCGAGGGCUCGGACCCCAAGUAUGAUGAAUCUGAUGUUCCCGCAGAACUCCAGGUGCUGAAAGGACCCCUACAGCAGCCAGCCUUCCCUUUUGCAGUUGCAAACCAGCUGUUGCUGGUUUCUCUGUUGGAACACUUGAGCCAUGUGCACGAACCAAACCUGCUUCAUUCAAGACAGGUGUUUAAAUUACUUUGUCAGACCUUUAUCAAAAUGGGGCUGCUGUCAUCCUUCGCGUGUAGUGGUGAGUUUAGCUCCUUGCGGCUACAUCACAGCAGAGCUAUUAUGCACUUAAUGAGGUCAGCUAAGGAGAGAGUUCGUCAGGGUCCUUGUGAGGAUAAUUCUCGUAUCCAGAAGAUCAGAUCAAGGGAAGUAGGCUUUGAAGCACAAACUUCACGUUACUUGAAUGAAUUUGAAGAGCUUGCCAUCUUAGGAAAAGGUGGAUAUGGAAGAGUAUACAAGGUCAGGAAUAAAUUAGAUGGUCAGUACUAUGCAAUUAAAAAAAUCCUGAUUAAGGGUGCAACUAAAACAGAUUGCAUGAAGGUGCUACGGGAAGUUAAGGUGCUGGCUGGUCUUCAGCAUCCUAAUAUUGUAGGCUAUCACACUGCCUGGAUAGAACAUGUUCACAUGGCCCAAAGGCAAGCAGAUAGAAUUUCUAUUCAGUUGCCAUCUCUGGAAGUGAUCUCUGACCAGGAGGACCCCAGAGAUCAGUGUGAUGUUAAAAGUGAUGAAAGUAACAGCCCAUCCAUUAUCUUCGCCGAAUUCACCCCAGAAGAAGAAAAAUCCUUGGGAGAAUCUGGCGUUGAAAAUCAGAAUAAUAGAUUGGUGAACUACAGCGCCAGUGUAGUCCCAAGAGAUGCUGGUGAAUUUGAACCGUCCCUUGAGCCCCAAGGAAAAGGUGUGGCUGACGAGUCUUCCAGAUCGAUUGUUGGGCAUCGGCUGCCACUUGGGCAUAAUUCAGACCUGGAAGAGAAUUUCGCAUCCACUGAGGAAUCUUCUGAAGAAAACUUAAACUUGUUGGGGCAGACGGAGGUGCAGUACCACCUGAUGCUUCACAUCCAGAUGCAGCUGUGUGAGCUCUCGCUGUGGGACUGGAUCAGAGAGAGGAACCAGCAGGGCCGGGAGAGCAUGGAUGAAUCCGCAUGUCCUUAUGUUAUGGCCAGUGUUGCAACAAAAAUUUUUCAAGAAUUGGUGGAAGGUGUAUUUUACAUACAUAACAUGGGAAUUGUACACAGAGAUCUAAAGCCCAGAAAUAUUUUUCUUCAUGGCCCCAAUCAGCAAGUAAAAAUAGGAGACUUUGGCCUGGCCUGUGCAGACAUCAUCCAGAACACAGACUGGGCCAAUGGAAAUGGAAAGAGGACACCCACACACACCUCCAGAGUGGGCACUUGCCUGUAUGCUUCCCCUGAACAGUUGGAGGGAUCUGAGUAUGAUGCCAAGUCAGAUAUGUAUAGCUUGGGUGUUAUCCUGCUGGAGCUCUUUCAGCCGUUUGGGACAGAAAUGGAGCGAGCACAUGUUUUAACGGGUUUAAGAACUGGACAGAUCCCCGAGUCCCUCAGUAAAAGGUGUCCCGUCCAAGCCAAGUACAUCCAGCACUUAACCAGAAAGAGCUCAUCCCAGAGGCCGUCUGCUGUUCAGCUGCUGCAGAGUGAACUCUUCCAAAAUUCUGGAAAUGUUAAUCUCACCCUACAGAUGAAGAUACUAGAGCAAGAAAAAGAAAUUGAAGAACUAAAGAAGCAGCUAAGUCUCCUCUCUCAGGACAAAGGGGUUAAGAGGGUGACUUGAAAGAUGGGGGUGUGCCCGUGUAGCCUCAAUAGGCUCUGUAGAUAUGAGAGUGGACUUUUUAAGCUAAAUAGUCAACUGGAAUGUAAAUUUUCAGUCUUUAUUAGGGUGUGGCUGGUAUAACUCUAAUUACGUUUAGUGAGCCUGUAUAAGACGUAUUAAAGCGAGGCUGUGAAAGUACCCUUUAAGGCUGGCAUUUUGAACCGGAGACUGCUCGAAACGAAGCCUGUUCUGUUCUUGCCUUUCUCCUACCCCACACGCUCCUUUUCCUGGACUUCUCACUUUAAUAUUACCGUCCAUCCAGUCUCUGAAAGUGAAAGUGUAGGCCUCAUCCUCAGCUGUUCUUUCUCUCUUGAACUCUGCCUGUUGACCACCAAGUCCUCCUCUAGGUUCUACUGCAGAAACCUAAGUGUGCUCUGGACCCAUCGCUGCCCAAGCCCAGGCCCGCGCACGAGCUGCACCGUUCCAAGUGGACAGCUGCUGGCCUUCCUAACCUCCACACCGCGCUGUUCCCACGGGCUCCCUCCUUCCUCACAGACUUGCUUCCCCCCAAGUCUACAUUCCUUGAAGGCAGCGAUAUGAUACGUUCGUAUUUGUACCCCAGUGUGCCUGCCACGUAGCUGGCAAUCGUCACGGUAUAUUGCAUACAGUGUUGCUGGGUUUUAAAUAAAAUGAAAACCACAAAUUAA